CAUCUGGGCUGUUAAUUGUCUUAGGUUCGAAACGCUUAUAGAGAACAGUGCGGCGCACAGGCGCCCAGGGCGAAAGGAGCCAUGGAUUCCGUGUUGGCGCACCAUACGUCUUUCUUCCAUCCUCCAAAGAGCUUCCUUAGCAUUCUCGAGGAGGACAAGGACCUGCGCGUGCCUGCGUCGACCAAGCUGGGAUGUACUCUCGGGCCCCAGACUCGCACCGUUGAAGUCCUGGAGCAGCUCCUAUUGGCUGGCAUGACGGUGGCGCGUUUCGAUUUCAGCUGGGGCAGUAUGGAUUAUCACCAGGAGACUCUGGACAAUCUCCGCAUCGCAAUGCGCAACACCAAACGCCUGUGCUGCACGAUGCUUGACACCAUGGGCCCUGAAAUCAUCGUCCUGAACAGGCCUGAGCUGCCCAUCAGCCUCACCGCGGGUCAGACUCUGACGCUCACGUGCGACAAGUCUGUGGCGGCCUCAGCCAGUACGCUGCCCAUCUCCUACCCCAGUCUGGCUGGUACGGGUCUGGCACCCGGCAGCCAGGUCUUCGUGGGACAGUACCUCUUCACCGGAUCAGAGACGUCGUCCGUGUACCUGACCGUUCAGGAGGUUCGCGGGGAUGAGGCGGUGUGCACGUGCAACAACAGCUGCGUCCUAGAGGGCCUGGCACUGACGGUUCAUAUUGCACACAUGCGCAACGAGGCGCCCAUCCUGGCGGAUACGGACCUUGCGGCCAUUCGGCAGUGGGGCAGUGUCAACAAGAUUGAUUACGUGUCGGUGUCCUUCACUCGCAACGCCGCGGAUAUUAAGGUGGUACGACAGGUCCUGGACAGCUGCGGUCUUGCCCAGACUCGCGUCAUGGCCAAGAUAGAGAACAUGGAGGGCUUGCUCAACAGCGUCGAAGUCAUGGAGGCCGCCGAUGCCGUACUGCUGUCGCGAGGCAACCUCGGUAUCUGCCUGGAUGCGGAGAAGAUGUUUUUGGCCCAGAAGAAGCUCCUCCGCGCGUGCAACCUGGCGGGCAAGCCUGUGAUGGUGACGCGUGUCGUGGACACCAUGACAGACGCACCUCGCCCCACCCGUGCCGAAGCAACCGAUGUGGCCAAUCUGGUUUUGGACGGCGCGGACGGCAUUCUGCUGGGCUCCGAAACCUUCCGUGGCAAGUACCCCGUACAGACGGUACAGACGGUGCUGGCCAUCUGCAAGCAGGCUGAGCUGUGCUUCGACAACCAGUCGUACUACCGCUCCCUCAUGGAGUACUUUGGCUGCUACACGCUACACCCCAACCUGGGCAAGAGGGAGGCACUCGCCUCAUCGGCAGUACGCGCCGCCGCCAAGAUCAACGCCGCGCUAAUCAUUGUCUUCACUGUCACGGGUCAGACGGCGCGUCUGGUCGCAAAAUACAAGCCCGCGUCGCCCAUCCUCACGGUGGUCUGCCCGGACAUCAAGUCCGACGGCCUGAAGUGGACGCUGAUGGGCGAGGUGCAGGCGCGGCAGUGCCUCCUGUACCGCGGUGUGCUGCCCAUUAUGGCGGACCCCGACUUCUCUCUCCCCGGCGGCGCCAUACUCGACUAUGCCAUCUCCUACGCUAAGCAGGCGGGUAUGGUCAAGUCGGGCGACAAGGUGGUUGUGAGCCAGUGCCCUCGUACCGGCUACAGCGACGUGAUGGAGGAGGCUGGCGUAGUCAAACUCAUCACUGUGGAUGACCACCUGGUCCCAAAGUAG